GUGGCUGGGGAAUUCAUGUGGAGGUCAGAGUGGAAGCAGGUGUGAGAGGGUCCAGCAGAAGAAAACAUGGCUGCCAAAGUGUUUGUGUCCAUUGGCAAGUUUGGCCUGGCCUUAGCUGUUGUAGGAAGCAUGCUGAACUCUGCCUUAUAUAAUGUGGAUGCUGGUCACAGAGCUGUCAUCUUUGACCGAUUCCGUGGAGUACAGGACAUUGUGGUAGGGGAAGGGACUCACUUUCCUAUCCCAUGGGUACAGAAACCAAUUAUCUUUGACUGCCAUUCUCGACCACUUAAUGUACCAGUCAUCACUGGUAGCAAAGACUUACAGAAUGUCAACAUCACACUCUACAUCCUCUCCUGGCCUGUCGCUAGCCAGCUUCCUUGCAUCUUCACCAGCAUCAGAGAGGACUACAAUGAGCGUGUGCUGCCAUCCAUCACUACCAAGAUCCUCAAGUCGGUGAUGUCUCACUUUGAUGCUGGAGAACUAAUCACCCAGAGAGAGCUGCUCUCCAGGCAGAUGAGUGACACUCUUACGGAGUGA